GUUAGUAUGUGAGUAUGAGUCUCGACAUAAACUACCAAGGAUGAGAUAUCAACAUUCACCGAUUCUAAUGCAACUCGCACAAGUGUACACACAUAAAAUCUUUGAUAUGUUCAAUGAUGAGUUUUCCUUAUUCUUAGCUGCUAGCAAAAAAACAGAGAAUUUGUCUCAACUUCCAUUUGAAUAUGUUAUCACCAUGUUUAAAGUGGAAGGAGAGUGGACAGUACUAUUUGAUCCAAUAACUUUCUCUAUAUCAUGUACUUGUAAAAAAUUUGAGACUUUUCGCAUACUCUGUUGUCAUGCAUUAAAAGUCAUUGAGGCAAAUGAUGUUAAACUGAUCCCCAAUCAAUACAUCUUAAAAAGAUGGACAAGAGAUGCCCGUGAUGGUGUUAUUUUUGAUAUUAGGGGAAAUGAGGUUGUUGAUGAUCCUAAAUUGUUUAGUACACAUCGAUAUAAGAGAUUAUGCUCCACUAUGAUUAGAUUGGCAGCCGACGUGUCAACAUCUGAAUAUCUACAUAAGCUUGUAGAAAAGGGUUUGCAUGACUUGUGUAAGCUGGUGAUGGAGGCUCGGUUACGAGAAAGAGAGAAUGCCGAUGAUGAAGGUGAUGUCCCAACAGUAACAAAAGAAUAUGAGACACAAGCAAAGGGGUUUAAGAUUAAGCCUGGAUUACAAAAUCGUAGACGACUAAAGAGUUGUGUCGAACUUAUAUCUAAGAAAAAAAGCAAAGCAACAAGUGUAAAACCUACACCACGUCAAAGAUCAAAGGAUAAGGAUUCUCUAAGUCAAAUGGAAUCUGGGACAUCAACUUUAGCACAAUCAGCAUGUGAGCUUUCUCAGACAAGUGAGGACAACUUUAGUUUCACUAGAUUAUUAAUGGAGCCACUUAAUGAUGGAUGAAAAUAUUCAACAUUGCAGACCUUCCAAGCAUAAAUGCCUUUUU